AUGAGCAGGAGGCUGGAGUAGCAUAUCCGCCAUCUCCACUGGGGAGCUGGUGGCUUCAGGCCUGCAGAGGGGAUGGUGGCCAGCUGCUGUAAGGCACAGAUCUGCUGCUGUUGUGGCCCAGCCCCCUGCAGCUUCUGCUGCUCCUGCUGCCCCAGCAUUAAGGUGUCCACAGGAAGCCGCAUCCUCUACACCCUCUUCCAUGUCCUGGCCUCCACGGUGUGCUGCCUCAUGCUCUCCCGCACCGUCUCCGAAGCCGUCAAGGAGAACGUGCCUUUCUACGCCCUGCUCUGCGAGCACCUCCCCCGGGGCAUGGACUGUGACAUCCUGGUGGGCUACUCGGCAGUCUACAGGGUCUGCUUCGGCACCGCCUGCUUCUACCUGACGCAGGCCAUCUUCCUGAUCAACGUGAAAUCCAGCAGCAACUUCCGCGCCCUGCUGCACAACGGGUUCUGGUUCCUGAAGCUGCUGAUUCUGGUCGGGCUUUGUGCAGCAGCCUUCUUCAUCCCCGAUGACCGCUUCCUGCAAGCCUGGCACUACGUGGGCAUCUGUGGCGGUUUUGCCUUCAUCCUCGUCCAGCUGGUGCUGAUCACAGCCUUUGCCCAUACCUGGAACAAGAACUGGCUGCUGGGCGCGUCCCAAGACAAGCGCUGGUACCUGGCCGUGCUGCUGGCCACGCUCGCUUUCUACACCAUCGCCUCCACUGCUGUCUCCUUCCUAUACAAGUACUAUACCCACCCGGCUGGCUGCUUGCUCAGCAAGGCCCUGCUCACCCUCAACGUCAGCCUGUGCGGGCUCCUGUCCUUGCUCUCCAUCACGCCCUGCGUGCGGCUCCAACAGCCCCGCUCCAGCCUCCUGCAAGCGUCUAUCAUCAGCUGCUACGUCAUGUACCUCACCUUCUCAGCCCUGUCUAGCCGCCCACCCGAGAGAGUGCUGUACAAAGGGCAGAACCUCACCGUCUGUUUCCCUAGCGUCAGCAAGGACGGGCUGCAGACAGAAGACACCACAGUUGCCAUCCUGGGAGCCACCAUCAUGUACGCCUGUGUUCUCUUGGCGUGUAACGAGGCCUCUUACCUUGCUGAGAUGUUUGGGCCCCUGUGGAUGAUCAAAGUCUAUAGCUUUGAGUUCCAAAAACCCUCCUGUUGCUUCUGUUGUUCUGACAAGACAGGGGAAGAGCUGGAAGGCUGCCCCUGCCACGUCCCUCCCGCUCCCGCUGCCAGGCUGCCCCUGCUGCUGUCUGGGAUUCGUGCCUACGGCAGCAGCCACAUGCGGCACCACUCCUCCUGUCGCCUCUGCUACGAGAAUGCAGUGCUGGAAACUACCUUCACACAUGGCAGCUGGUCGACAUUCUGGGUGAAGGUGGCCUCGUGCUGGGCCUGCAUCCUGCUGUACUUCUGGCUCCUCCUGGGCCCCCUGUGCCGCUCCGACUUGCGCCAGCGGCGGAGGGGCAGCCCGCCCCUGCGCAUACUGCGACGCCGGCGCCCACUCCAACGGAUCAGCGUCUCCAUGUAGCCCCUGCUGCUGGGACUGAACAAGCUGCUGUCUGCUGGGCAAGUGCUGGGCCGGGCAGCUGGCUGAAGAGCUAUGGAGAUGGAGGGGCCGGGGACAGGGCCCAAGCAGCCAAUUCAGGAUCAGGGGGGCAGGGCUGCCCUCCCUGCCUGCCAUACAUGACUCUGGACUGGAUCUAUGUACUGAAGAGCCAGCAAGCAUAGCACCCACCAGCCCUGCUCUGCCCUCUGCCUCUGCCUUGAGGAUGACUCACCCCGGCUUCACCCCAACCUCUGCCAUUGGGGAGUAGGAAACUGCUGAGAAAUCUAAGCAGAAUCCCAGAUGAGGCCCAGACUUGCUCCCAGACAGGAACUCCCCCAGCGCCAGCGGUCUGGGGACAUCGCCCCAGCAUGAAGUCCCCCAACCAUUGUCAAGGAAGCCUAGGCGGAGAGCUGGCCUUCAGGGACCUCGCACAGGACUGGCUUGUCUCUAGCAGCAUCUGCUAGUCAGACCUGCCCCUCUCUGGUCCAGCCGGGGGCUCCUCUGGCAGAACGUCUUUCAUGUGCGGCGUGUGAGGCCCAGAGCAUGGGACAGUGGCUGGGCUGGGCAAUCGCUACACCGCUCACACCUCAGCUGCAGCCCCUGCUCUGUUGGCCUUGAGAGGGCAUCUGUAAGGCUCUGCCCCAGCCCACCUGCAG